UAAACGGACUCGGGACCAGUUCAUAAGAGCACUCGGUGACGUAACUUGGACGGCGAUAGCCGAGAGCAGCAGCAGCUCAGUAGCCAUUUUGUUUUCAUCGGGAGAGAGCAGAAUCAGUUUCUAUCCUUAUAGGUGAGAGAGAGUCUGUCCAGUCGUGUGCUCAUCUCCUGCCCACGUCAUGGACCUGGACUCAAGAGAUUCAACCGGCUCGCCGGAGAUGCCACCAGCUCCAUCCCCACCUGUGCUUAGCUACAGCGACACGUACAGGACUCACAGGAGGUCAUCUACACCAGAUAAACGACGAAGAAGGCGGAGCAGCAGUAGAUCAAGAUCACCAAGUCGACCUAGAUCUUACAGGCGCUCUAGGUCUUCGGAGAGAGACAGGGACAGGGAUAAAGAUAGAGAAAGAGAUAGGGACAGGGACAGAGAAAGAGAUAGGGACAGAGAUAGAGAAAGAGAUAGAGAUAGGGAAAGAGAUCGAGAUAGGGACAGGUCAAAGAGGUACUCAAAGAGGGAUCGAUCCUGGUCAAAGUCAAGGUCACGAUCAAGGUCUCAAUCAAAAGAGAAAGUACGUAAUCAUAGUAAAGCUUCAAGCAAAGAACCCAGUCAGAAGCACCCAAAGGACAAUCGAAGGCACCAGCACAGAAGUACAGGAUCGAACGUUGGCAGCAGUUCCAAACAUUCAUAUGCUCCAGUUGUGAUGCAGCCACAGUUUCCAGUACAGCCAAAUGCUUUUAAGAACGACGGCAGUUUUAUGGAAAUGUUUAAAAAGAUGCAAGAACAAAUGCCAGUAGUGGAAGCGCAACCUACUACAUCUGUUCUGGAAGAGAAGCCAGUAGCACCACCACCUUUGAUGGUGGGCAAGAGACGAGGAGGCAGAAUUUUAAAGACUGGAAUGGUAGCUAAGCCAAAAGCAGAGCAACCAGUUGAGCAGCCUAAGGAUGCUUGGUCUUUGUACAUGGCUGAAGUAAAAAAAUACAGGGAGGUCUGCUGCCAGGAGGAAGACAAUACUAGACCUCUGGUCAAAUAAAACUUUCAUACAUCCAAAAAAAUCUACCAAAUUUAAACAAUUUCUAAAUUCUCUUUUUUAUUUUCUGUUACUUAUGAAGAUCUGCUUUAUGUGGAUCUAGAAAGGAAUUGUUUUCUAUCAGGUUUGAGAGGUUUCUUUAUUUAGGGGUAGGGAUGAUCUCGAGGUAUGCCUAUAUCAUUUAAGGUAUUUAUUUUAAUCAAUUAAUCAAUAAAACAAAUCUUCCUGCUUUUUCAACAGUAACAUUUUACCACAAGUUGUAAAUAAAUACCAAACUUAGAGGCUUUUUUAUCAGUACAUGGUCAUGCUUUGGAACAUCAUUUACCUUUAUAAGGAUACCUUUGCCUCUUUACUCUUAAUAUUUUAUUUUGCAAUUAACUAUUGAAUUGUUGUAGUGAAUUGCAUAAUUUACUAUUAAUAGUAAUAGAGAAUAAUAACCAUGAUGGAUUAUGAAGAAAACAAGUUUCUCUAGAAGAUUCAAAAUAUUUUUUUUUAUUCAAAAAUUGUGUUGAAAAAAGCACUUCAAAAAUACAUGGGUUAACUUAAAUUAUCCAUUUGACCGAAACUAGUUUAUAUACUUUUGAGCUCUAGUAGACCAAUAUUACUUUGUAAACUUUUUAUUCUUGUAAAUAUAAGAAUUAUUAUUAAUUUAUUUAUAAGAUAAUAUAAUUGCUAAGGACUUGUGAUUUAAUUUCUCAAUUGAUGUAUUAUUAAGUGUCAUAUUAUUAAUACAUAGCUGCAAGAUCAUUAUUACUAAAUCAAGUUUUUAUUUUUCAGUUAUUAAAACCUAUUUUUAAUGAUUCUGUUAUAAUUCCAAAAAUCUUUUAGUUAUAAAAUGGAUAAUAAAGUUAAAUACAAUGUUGCAAGUGCCAAAAUUAAACUUCCAAAAGUAUAAAGCAAAUCUUUCAAAAAAAUUGUAUAACAUUUUAUUGUACUUUAAAUUGACUUUACUUUACUGGCGUUACAUAUCGUGAAAGACUAAAAAUGUUAGACCUAUACAAUUCUUAUUUUGUUAUUUGUAAGCUAUUAAGACAUAUGAUUAGAAGUGAGACAUUUUGAUUAGAAGCGAGAGAACACUUGUGUAUCACAGACACAUACUGCUUAGAUUAAUUUUAAUAUAAAGUAUUGUACUCCAAAAAAAAAUUACUGUCAAACAGCAUAACACAAAACCAUGCCUGAAUAUGUCAAAGGUGUUGAGGUGAAGACGGUUCCGUUUGACCCAAGGUUCCCUAACCAGAACCAAACAAGGCACUGCUACCAGAGUUAUCUGGAUUUCCAUCGGUGUUCAAAAGUACGAGGUGAAAAUUAUGAAGCCUGCCAGUAUUUUAAGAAGUGCUACGAAACCCUGUGUCCACAGGAUUGGGUAGAGAAAUGGGAUGAGCAAGUAGCCGAAAACAGGUUUCCUGGUAACAUCUAGAUGCUUGCAUACGCACUUGUGAAACCUUCAAGAAUUAGUGAAAUUUAUCAAUCGUUGCAGCCCCAUUAUAAAAAUCAGUUUUCAAAUUAACUACUAUUUGUAAAGUAAUUUAUGAUUAUAUUGCUGUAUGAAUAAAAACAAAUUAAUGUAAAGUAAUUGA